AUGUCAACCAUCGUUGUGGAUAGCCCUCGUGCUUGGGGUACUGUCGUAGGUGGAUUCAUUGCGAACUUUAUACUGGGCGGAUUGGGCAAGUCCUAUGGCAUCAUCUUGGAGCAUUUUCAGGACGAAUUCGAAGCUCCGACGGCUGUUUUCACUCUUACCGGAGGGGUUAUCUACAUGUUAAUGUUUGUACUCUCACUGGGCCAGAUGCCUUGCAUGCCUUCUCCCCUCCUCACGGCCACCUUACCGAAUCACUUUGUGGUGCAGCGCAUCGGUGACCGAGCUGUUGUGAUGAUUGGUGGUAUUGGAGCGUGUGUCAGCCUCUUUAUCGCUGCGAUCGCACCAAACGUUACCGUCUGGGCAAUCGCCAUCGGUGGAGGUGUCGGCUUCUCGUUCUCUUGCGUCUAUUUCAACAUCUUUUCCGUCAUUGGUCGCUGUUUCCGUGAGAAACUUGGCCUCGCAAACGGCUUGAGCGUAGCCGGUGUCUCCGUGGGCCAGAUGGCUUUCCCCAGCCUCGUGACCCUUUUCCUGCAGCGCUACGGGGUUCGCGCGGGCACCGUCGUCAUGGCAGCCUUCUCCCUCCACCUGUGCAUAACCGCGGCCCUGAUGCCACGUCACGUAGUCGACGCGGAGUCCGAGGAAGACAUUGUUGUUAGCUCCUCGUCCAUUUCUAGGCGAAUCGAAGAGCCCUCCUCAAGUCUCCUGCCUAGUCCCUUGGGAGGCAGUGCCAAUGACCUUGACGAAAAGGAACUAGAUCCGAUGCUGCAGCAGAGAGAGACCCCCUUGACAGUGUAUUCGUCCUCGUCCAAGAUAAUGCAGCACCAGGAGCGACUAGCAACAGCGCUCCUCGUAAUCUUCGUCAUCGGUAAGGUGUUCGCGGACAACGGGGAUGUGGGCAUCUCAUUUAUCGCACCGCCUUACGGUUCCCAGAUCGGCUUCUCUGCGCACACUACGAACAUGGCGAUUGCCGUGGCCGGGAUUGUGGACUUGCUUUCGCGUCUCUUCUUUGGCUGGCUGACUGACAGGCCAAUGUGCAGGGGCCGCCGGGGCACUUUUCUGGCAUUCACGUGGCUGGUGGAGGGUGCAGUGGCGCUCGGCUUCGGCGAAAUCGCCGAAACCUCGUGGAGCCUCACAGCAAUCUCAACCUCCUCCGCGUCCCAUUCGAAGGUGAGGAAUGCUUUCCUGCGUGGUGGGCACACACCCACGACUCGCUCUAGGCCUACUUGA